AUGGCUCCGAAGGUCUUCCUCACUGGUGCUACUGGCUAUAUUGGUGGUGAUGGUCUAUAUGCUAUAUCCAACGCCCAUCCCGACUGGGAGCUAUCUGCUCUCGUUCGUAGCAAGGAAAAGGCCGCCAACCUGAAGGCAAAGUAUCCCGAAAUUCGGGUCGUCUUCGGCGACCUCGAUUCCUCUGACAUCAUCGAAGAAGAGGUGAAAAAUGCAGAUAUUGUCUUUCACUUUGCCGACUGCGAUCAUGUCGCGGCGGCCAAGGCCAUUUCCAAAGGAGCUCAACACCACACGCCCGAGCGCCCUCUCUGGCUGAUUCACACCUCGGGUACUGGCAUCUUGACCGUUGAGGACCAGAGAGCUCGAACCUACGGAAUCGAGCGUCCGAAGGAGUAUAAUGACUGGGAAGGGGUAGCCGAGCUUAUCGAUCUCCCCGAAGAUGCUUUCCAUCGCAACGUGGACGAAAUUAUCAUUGGAAUUGGUCGGCGAGAUCCAUUCAGUACUCGCUGCGCUAUUGUUUGUCCUCCAACCAUUUACGGCCCUGGUAGAGGAGCCUGUAACACGAAGAGUAUUCAGGCCUACCUUCUAAGUGCCGCGGUGAUAAAACGUGGCAAGGGAUUUUUGGUCGGCAAAGGCGAGAAUGUCUGGCAUCAGGUUCAUGUCCAGGAUUUAAGCAACGUCUAUCUAGCACUAGGUGAAGCCGCAGCUGAAGGUGGUGGUAAGGCUACCUGGAAUGAGGAGGGCUAUUAUUUUGCAGAGAAUGGGUCCUUUCGGAAGGUGGCCGAGGAGGCAUAUGCUCAGAAAUUGAUCUCCUCGCCUGCUGUUGACUCACUGGAUGACAAGCAGACUACUGAGAUAUUGUCUGCUGGGCUUUAUGCUUGGGGAUCUAACUCUCGUGGACAUAGCCUUCGUGCGCGAAAGCUUUUCGGAUGGGAGCCUAAGCAGCCAAAGUUGAUUGAUUUGAUCCCGGAAAUUGUAUCACUGGAGGCGAAAGGGCUUGGUCUGUGA